AUGAAGCUUUGCGUGUUCGGGUGCGGGGGGGUCCGGGCACCUUGCGGGAGGCGGGUGGCCGGCCCGUGGCCGGCCGCGCGGUUGCCGCGCCUGGUGGCCACGGGCUGUGCCGCCGCCAUUCACCAGUCCACCGUCGGCUUUUAUCAGUCUCACGCGAACUUGCGACUCAACCUCCCGAGCGACGGCCCGGUGCUUCAUGGGCUGGCGGCCUUGGAGCCGGGUCUAGGGCGUCCGCGCUAUACUCGUGUGGUCCGGCUCGGUGUGCUGCGCUGCUUAGUGUUUGCGCGUCAGGGCCGUUGUGGUAGCAGUAGUGUCAGCAGCAUGACUACUAGCACUCAGCGAUCACAGGCUACGCACACGCUCUACACGCACUACACGAUUACACACUCGCGACAAGCACUAUGGGACUCACAGCGAUGCUCAGCAGUUUGGUGGCUUAGUUGCCAUCAGGCGACAGCACAUGAGGUCACGGACACGCAUCACACGCGCUUCGCGGAUCCGAUCGUUGCAAGCAAUCCAAAAACUGUAACUGGUAUUAAUAAAACCGUCUUACACUUCAUUGACAUACAGAUCGAAUUGAAGGACUGUAUUGCAGGUGUAUCAUUAUUUACACAUCGCCGAGAGCCAUUGCGCAACCGCUCAAGACUUUACUCUGCUGUCACAUGCUCUCAUGAUGCUAAUACUUUGCUUAAGAUCCACUUAAUGAUUAACACAAUAAUAUUAUGUGGUAUAUUAUAUCAUUAUAAACUUCUUUUGCCAGACUUUCCUGCUGGAGUGGUGAACAUGGUGUUUGGAACAGGGCCCUCGGCAGGUGAGGCUUUAGUGAGCCAUCCUGAGGUCCCUCUCGUUUCUUUCACCGGCUCGACUGCCACAGGGAAGCACAUAGCCCAGGUCACAGCACCCAUGUUCAAAAAACUGUCAUUGGAGAUGGGUGGGAAAAAUGCAGCUGUAGUUUUCAGUGACUGUGACUUAGAUGCUUGUGUGAACACGCUCAAGAGAUCGUCUUUUGUCAAUCAGGGUCAGGUUUGCCUCUGUACUUCAAGAAUCUUUGUUCAGCGUCCCAUCUAUGAGACAUUCCUAGAAAAGUUUGUGGAUAUAGCCAAAGAGAUCAAGGUAGGCUGCCCCUUCAGUCAAGAGGUCUUCAUGGGGGCCCUUAACUCAAAGCCCCAUUUGGAAAAAGUGAAAAAGUAUGUCAAGUAUGCAGUCGAGGACGGAGGAAGUGUUCUUUGUGGUGAAGGUGUGGACCUGCUUAUUUUACCUGAGGAUAAUAAACAGGGAUAUUUCAUGAGACCAACCAUCAUCACUGGGCUGGAUGACAAUUCUCGUUGCAUGCAAGAGGAGAUCUUUGGCCCAGUAACCUGUGUUGUACCCUUUGACACAGAGGAAGAGGUAGUCAAGCGUGCCAACAACUCUAAUUUUGGCCUGUGUGCUUCAGUCUGGACGUCAAAUGUUGGCAUUGCACACCGUAUGGCACAUAAACUAAAGGUUGGCACUGUGUGGACCAAUUGCUGGUUGGUGCGAGACCUCAACAUGCCGUUUGGAGGGGUGAAGGCCAGUGGCAUUGGUAGAGAAGGAACCCAAGAUUCCAUGGAAUUCUAUACUGAGGCAAAAACCAUUUGUACAAAGAUUGCUUAAAAGAUGACAAAAAGAAUGUUGCUCAAAUCACAAUUAGUGCAUGAUUCUUACCCAAUCUACCCCUCCUUUUACAAUAGCAAAAAAAAAAAAAAAAAAAAAAAAAAAAUUACUUGGAUAUUUGCUACAUAUUUUUCUUUCUUUUUUACUGUUGUUGUUGGUCUUUACAGUAUUCAUUUUUUUCAUCUAAAGUAUAAUCUCAUUACUUGCAUGUAAAAAUUUAUUUGUCAAUAUACACUAUCAGUUUUUAUUAAUUACAAGACCCCUGUGUAUGAUACAUUAUCAUAUAAAAAAGUUCUAUUUGAGCCAGCCAUUAGUGACAUUAUUGUGAAAGCAUUUUAUUGGUCAUUGGUGAUGGAUAUGUAUAUAAAAUAAUGCAGAUGGUGAAUAAAGAUAUAAGGAAAAUA